GAUAACAACAUCAACGGCAACCAUGACAACAUCACCAGGAAAUAUAACAACAGCUCAGAAAAGCUGUCGAUACAACUGUGGCUAUCACCUUGGUGACUGUUCCUGCUCCAGCUCCUGUGAAUACUAUGGAAACUGUUGCUAUGACUACUACAGUAUGUGCAACAGAACAACAAUAGCACCAACGCAACCCACAUCAGAAGAAUACAUAUCGUGUCGUUACCAGUGUGGCAGGGAGUUUUCAUUGUGCUCCUGUUCCAGCUCCUGUGAAUACCGUCACAACUGCUGCCACGACUACUACUCAUAUUGUAGGCAAUCAACAACCCCGUACUGGUCAACCACUAGCUCCGCAAACACCUGCGGAAAGACACUGUACGGCUCCGGCAUCUUCACCAGCCCAAACCAUCCCAACUACUACGACAGCAACACUUACUGUAGCACGGUCCUCAGGACAUCACACGACCAACAGAUCUUCCUGGAGUUCACAUUCCUGGAAAUAGAAAACUGCUGCAGCUGUGACUACAUCGAGGUUUACGAUGGACCAUCUACAAAUUCACGAUACCUGGGGAAAGUUUGCAACAACAGCCUGUCGACCUUCUCCUCUUCUUCCAACUACAUGACAGUGCUUUUCAGGACUGAUGGUUCAGUGGUGGGCCGAGGGUUCACAGCACAGUUUUCUAGUUCUGUGUCACCACGGUCAGGCCGAGUAAACUGCUCCUCCUAUGGCAUGGAGAUUGUGAUUGAGAGAUCCUACCUCAACUCCAUUGGCUAUAAUGCCUCCAGUCUGUACCUGGACGACAACACCUGCAGACCCCACAUUACCAGUCGCCAAGUGAUCUUCCGCUACUCCCUCAACUCUUGUGGAAACGUUCGCAAGUUUCACAACGGUAAAGCUAUGUACUCCAACAAUGUCCGUGCCUACAACUCCUCCAUCUCGGGAGAGGUCACACGCCUGUCCCACUUCAAGCUGAACGUGGCCUGUCUGAUGGAGCAGGAGUCGUUGUCUCAGAUCAUGUAUGUCGUGAAGAGCGACUACAACAGCAGCCUGAUCGGCUCCGGCAGGUUCAACACCACCAUGCGUUUCUACGACUCCAACAACUUCUACUACCCGGUGACUGAGUUUCCAUACAUGGUGUCUCUUAACCAAUACUUAAAUACUGAAGUCAGACUGGAUAGGGCCGAGUCAGACUUUGUUCUCUUCCUCGACACCUGUGUGGCCUCUCCAUCACCAGAUGAUUUCAGUUACAGACCUUACUACCUGGUCCGCAAUGGGUGUAAUAUGGACAGCACCUUUCAGGUCUGGAGCACCAGCAGUUACUAUGUACGAUUCAGAUUUAAGGCCUUCCAGUUCUUGCGGGCCUCAGAAUCCGUGUACCUCCAGUGCAAGGUGGUGAUUUGCUACACCAACGACAGCAACUCCCGCUGCAGAAAGGGCUGCAUGAGACGUAAGAAGAGGAGUCUGAGUCCAGGCGACAAAAGCCACACUGUGGUCCUGGGUCCAAUCAAGCUCAAAGAAACCGAGGAAAAGGAGGAAAAGGAGGUAAAGGAUCAACCACAGGAAACAGUUUGAUCCACUUUGUUCAUCACUGGAAUCAGUGAAUUCAACUCUCACAAUCAUCAUCUAAUCAUCAUAACCUGACAUGAUCACCUGAUUACAAUCUCUUUAACUAAUUAAAAGCAUCUUUAAAAGA